AUGGCUGCCCGUGGGGGCUGGGCCGGUCAGCCGCUAAUUGGCCCGUCACCCCAUCGACUUGACUCCAAGUAUCGACUGGAAGUCCUAUUCAACUUCAGAAGUCUACAUAGGAUCACGCCCGCGAAGCUCGACCCCCUAUUGUUCCUCGCGCUUCGCUGUCUCGCCUCAGCCAGGAGUAACACGCACAUCUUCGAUGUCGUAAACUGUUCAGAACCCGGAAUAUCUUUCUCCGAUGACCCUGAUAAUACUCACUCGAGGCUUCUUCGACCCUUUUUUUUGUCUCAUUUGGCGGCAUCACGCCCAUCAGGGUUCCGCCCUAUUGUCUUCAAAAGGGUACACUGGAGAAUAUCCCCCAAGGAUCCUUUCUCAUCCUCCGUUGCGGCAGCGCCCCAGCACAUCCCCUUUCCACAGCCUAAAGCGGGUGCUUUCCAUACCGCGAAGCCCUCACCACCCUCCAUUCCUUUGUGCCACCCUCUUUCUGAUUCUGACAGACCAUUGCCCCUUUCGGUAUUCUCCGCCCUUCCUAGCCCCGCCGAACGAAGUUCAACACGAAAAGCCCACAAAUCCAGUCUUCUCCCUCAGCCCUCUUGGAUGCACGAUUCCUAUUCACUCCCCACCUAUUCUGAACGGGACAUCGCCACGUCUAUCAGCGUCUCACCCAAUCUCAGUUUCAAUCCUCAUUCAACUUGGAACGACGAUUCUAAACCCGCCGCCUAUCACCAGACCCUACCCUCCCGAUUCCGUGGGGUCAUUUUAGGCUUUGUCUCCCUCCUUGCCCCCAUCCUCGCUUUCUUCUCCGGCCUUUGUGACAUCACAAAGCAAUCAUUAUCCAAAAUGAACUUGUAUCCGUAUUCUUCCAAGCGGGAGAGCCGCUCUACAACUUCUACUUCUACUACUUCAACAACCGCGAUACCAGAAGCUUCAGCAUCGUUCGCCAACUUACAAAGUAUCUACCCACUUGGCCCACCCAAUACAUCCUCCGAUUCAUUCCCGUCGUUCACAUCGACAACAUCCCUCCCUCUCCCCGUCCCACCCCACUUUUUCCGAAAGUACGCCACUCGAUCGACGAAAGCAAAGACAUCGAAGACCUCCUCCGACAUGAGUCCACAUGGCGGGGGCGCGUUCCUUCGCAAGAUGUUGUCGUUGAACUUCCGGAAGGACAGCGCCAACAAUCGGAACGCGAACCAGAGUGAAGGAGAGAUGCGCAACAGGAAGAAGAGCUUCCUUCGCUCGUCGUCGGAUAGUGUUGCCACUCCCUCUCCUCUGUCGCAGAUGUCUCGUGGCCAUGGCCAUGGUCAUACUAGCUCCCCGUCCUUGGCCUCAUUCACCACCGUCUACACCGGCAGCUUCGGACGCGAGAGCCCAGCCAUGUCUCGCGCUUCCUCUGAAUUAAGCGUCUUGUCCAGCGGAGAGUCCGGUCUCGAGUCGGAUAGCACCCUCUACGUAUCCGAGGACGAGGUGACACCCGCUUCUGCUUCAUUCAGGAAACUCUCCAUUCAGACUGAGUAUACGAUCAGGGCAUCGCAGCAAUACCAGUCCCAUACUCCCGAGUUCACCAACCCGUUCCAAAGUGACCUCGAAACCCCUCGCGCUUCAAAGUACCACCAUCGCCAACAGCAGUACCACGACCAAGACCGUGACCGUGACCGCGAACACGACAGGGACCGCAACCGCCGAAACCCCCGCCCAGUCCACAACCUCGGCGAAUUCCUCGCUACCCGUCGCGCAUCCGCCUUGCUCUGCCCGCCCGAACCUCCCAGUCGACUGGGUCGCAGGAGGAGCAAGACGACUCUGGCGACUCCGGCUUCCCCAUCGUACGUCUAUGGGCAGAGCGGAUUUGGGUAUAACAACGACCACUACGGUCAAGAAGAUGUAGUCCACCCUCGCAAACCCUCGUAUGUCGAAGCGACGUUUACCCCCCUCCCUGUCCCCCCUUGGCAUCGACGACGCAGAGCGGAGUUGGUGUUUGAGCCUGAGGAUGGGGACGAUGAAGAGCAUCGACGUCGCUGA